ACAAUUCUAUUCCACUGUCUGAAUUUUCACAAAGUUUAUCUUACACUUGAGCAGCCAUGGGAAAACGCAAGAAAUCCUCUAGAAAACCAGCUGCGGCCACAGCGGCAAGGAGGAGAGAACCAUUAGAUACCGCCUUCACUUGCUUGUUUUGUCAUCAUGACAAGUCCGUGACAGUAAGAGUCGACAGAAAAGAGGGCAUCGCUCAGCUGGUGUGCAGAGUAUGCGACCAGCGUUAUCAGAGCAAAGUUAACCACUUGACCGAGCCCGUGGAUAUAUAUUCAGAAUGGCUAGAUGCUGCUGAUGCGGCACAGAAAGAAGAUCACGGCACUCGCAGGCCGGCUGCAUCAUCAAGCAGACCAGCUCCCGCACCACCUUCUGUCGGGAGUGAUGACGAUUGAUCUGGGACUUGUAACUAUCUUAUCUUUUCCUGACACUGUACAACAGCAAUUGCCUAUCAACUUAGAAUUUCGCCGAUGCAUCCGGCCUUAAUCCAAUUGUGUGACG